UGCAUUUCUCAUUGUAUAUGUUCUGUGGUUCACAUGUAGCAUGCAGACAUGCUGUAGGAAACCUACGUUCGUAGGUUAAUGUGUUCUCAUAAUAUAUACGCGUAAACGUUACAAUACGCAAGACAAACAUUAAAAUGUUGGUGUAUUGUUGUAUACAAGGGUGCAAGUCUACAACAUAUAAACCUACGAAACAAAAAAAAGAAAAUAAGAAUCAGCUACAAUUUUUUGGAUUUCCAACAAACACAAUACUGAAAAAGAAAUGGAUAGAAGCGCUCCUUGCUUCUGGCCAGAAUGAACAACAUGUAGCACAAAUAAAACAAUAUUGUCGAAUAUGUAACCUGCAUUUUGCCAGAGGUUGUAUUGAAAAACAAGGUUUUUCACAUCCUCGAUUAAAACCAAAUUCUGUACCAACAAUAUUUUAUAAUACACCGACAACAAGUGUGGCUGAUAGAGAAAAUAUUGAACCGGCAAUAUUUCUCAAUGCACCAACAGCAAGGUAUUAAUAUAUGAGUAAAUAUGUUUGAAUCGUGUACUAUUUAAUUAUACAGGGUGUACAAAAAGUAUCGAAACCCCUGAAUAUUUCGGAACAUACACAUUUUUGGAAAACA